CACAGAUUGUAUGUGUGUAUGUGUGAGCGUGUGUAUGUGUGGAGCAGUUACCUCCAUGGUGAGAGUGUCGCUAACCACUGGACUGUGAAACGAGGAGUAAAAAAAAAAAAAACAACAAAAAAAAUAAGGGUGUCCUCCGGAGGAACUCGCUCUAGAGAAGUCGAAUUAGUAGAUUUCUUUUUUGUUUUUGUUUUUUUUAAUUUUCCUCGGUACAGGUUGAAGCGGUGCAGCCGGUCCAGAAGCGAGCAGUAUGCAUUCGGACUGCAGGCUGCUAUGGGCAGAGCGGUAAUGGUGGGCAGGGGACCGACAGGGGCCGGGGUUCUCGUCCUGUCGAUUCUCAUCAUUCUCACCACGGAAAGCUGUCGAGCGCAGAAAGGUGAUGGCUGUGGCCCCAGUGUGCUCGGCCCCAGCAGUGGGACUCUGUCCUCUCUGGGUUACCCGGGGACAUACCCCAACAACACGGUGUGUGAGUGGGAGAUCAGCGUGCCCCGCGGCAACAGGGUCCACUUUCGCUUUGCUGAGCUGGACAUAGAAAACAGCGACUGCCAGGUCAACUACCUCCGCCUCUACAACGGCGUUGGACCCACGAGGAGUGAGAUUGUGAAGUACUGCGGUUUGGGUCUGAAGGUUAAAGAGCUCAUCGAGUCCACUGGCAACCAGGUCACUGUCCAGUUCAUGAGUGGGACCCACCACACUGGACGUGGAUUCUACCUAUCCUACUCCACCACUGAACACGCAGAUCUAAUCACCUGUCUAGACAAAGGGACUGAUUUCCCAGAGGCAGAGUUCAGCAAAUACUGUCCAGCAGGCUGUUUGACAUCUACUGAGGAGAUUUCUGGAACUAUACCAAAUGGAUACAGAGAGUCCUCUCCUCUGUGCGUGGCAGCCGUCCAUGCAGGUGUGGUGUCCAACGCCGUGGGAGGGAGAAUCAGCGUGGUCAGCAGCAAAGGCAUUCCUCAUUAUGAGGGCACACUGGCUAACAAUGUCACUUCCACUGGAGGAACUUUGUCAAACAGCCUCUUUACGUUCAAGACCAAUGGCUGCUACGGGACGCUGGGAUUAGAGUCCGGCGGCGUUGCAGACACUCAGCUCUCUGCUUCGUCUGUGUGGGAGUGGAACAACGUCCACGGUCAGCACAGCGAGUGGGUGCCAUCAGGAGCACGCCUUAAAAAGGCGGGGCUGCCCUGGGCACCCUCUCAGAGUGACCAGCAUCAGUGGCUGCAGGUCGAUCUCAAGAGGGAGAAGAGGAUCACAGGCAUCACCACCACAGGCUCUACCCUGAGAGAGUAUCAGUACUAUGUUUCAGCAUACCGGGUCCAGUACAGUAAUGAUGGCGAGCAGUGGUACAUCUACAGGGAAGCAAAUUCUACACAAGACAAGAUUUUCCAAGGAAAUAUCAACUACCUGCAUGAGGUGAGGAAUAACUUCAUCCCUCCAAUCGAGGCCCGGUUUCUGAGGGUUAAUCCCACGUUAUGGCACCAGAGAAUUGCGCUCAAGUUGGAGCUGCUUGGCUGCCAAAAUCCUGCAGCGAGGCGGAGAACGGUGCCGGGCCCGAGGAUGACACCCCCGCGUCAUACUCCACCUCCUGCGGGUACAAAACGCCCACCUCAUUUUGGCCAAACCACACACACCCCAGACAUAAGAAACACCACUAUGCCUCCCCACAACAGCAAAGGUGUGGCGCUAGCAGCAGUUCUGGUUCCUGUGUUGGUCAUGGUUCUGACUGCUCUCAUUUUGACUGUGGUUUGCGCUCUGCACUGGAAGAACAGGAAAAAGAGCUCAGAGGGAACAUAUGACCUUCCUCACUGGGAUCGCACAGACUGGUGGAAGAGCAUGAAGCAGCUGCUGCCAUCCAAGAUGGUGGAGACUGAGGAGUCAGUUCGGUACAGCAGCAGUGAGGUGGGCCGGCUAACAGGGAGAGGUGCUGUACCACGGCUACAUGCUGAACCUGCAGAAUAUGCUCAGCCACUGGUGAGUGGUGUUACAACAUUAGGUGCACGUUCGACCUUUAAACCAGACGAGGGGCCUGACCCAGGAUACUCAGAUCCAGACCUGUACGACGCCCCCAUCUCACCCGACGUGUAUCACGCCUACGCAGAACCCCUGCCAGCUUCAGGAUCUGAAUAUGCCACACCCAUUGUGGUUGAUAUGGGUUGCCACCCAUCAGGGGGCUCCUCUUUGAGCCAGCCCACCGCUGUGUGUAGUUUCAUGGGCGCCGGGCCCACCUCCCUGCUCACCCGGACAGACAGUGGCCAGUCGGGGAGGUCGGCUUAUGAUACACCGAAGAACGCCACUGGACAGGUCACGCCCAGUGAGGAUCUGACUUAUCAGGUACCUCAGAGCUGCACUCAGAAGCCACCAGGACAGAGCUGAAGAGUCAGGAUGCACAUGGCCUUAAUCUGCCCCUCACUGCUCGGCGCAACCCGAUGGACAAACGCAGAGGGUUGUCAGAGGGAUGAGGAGGUGUGAACCUGCGAGCCCUGGAGCCUGGGCUUGAGUCUUGAAUGAACACUACCUUAGCUUUAGAUUCAUCUGGAGAUGUCUGUAUUGCCUAAUUGUUUCUGCAUGGCCACAAUCUGCUUGUGUAGUGCCAUUACAGUCCUAUCACUGAAACCACAAAGAUGAAUGUGUUUGUGCCAGGUGUGAGAGUCGGAGGGAUGAAAAGGAGAAAGCUGACUACUAUUUGAUAAAGAACUUUGUCCCUGUUCUGUGAUUCUAAGUAGUUCUUUCUGCAUUCUGUGAAACUGUGAUUUCCAUUGUUCCAUUGUUAUUCUGUUACAUACUAAACCAGGUUUAACUGAAAUGUGCCUCUGAAUUUACUUUAAUCAGAUCUAAGGGUUCUCUUACUGAAUUAAUUGCAUGUUGCAUUAAGUACCCCUCAUUAAAGGUCAAAGAAUUCUUACUUUCUAGAGAAACUAGUUCUCAUGGUACGUUUUGUCUUACUUUGUUUAAAAGCAUGACUUGAAAUUGUGAAUAGUUCUAGUAAUUCCAUUAAUGCAAACCUGUUAAAACUCUCAAGUGAUUUACUGAUAUUUAUUUUUUAUUUCACAUCCUGCUGAUAAGGAGAGACUCUCAUUUUAAAAAAAUACCCCACCCCUACCUUCACUUACUAUAAAUCAAGAAAAUUGUGGUUGCACUGUUGUAGACACCUUACUGACAAUGAGUGUCAGAUGUUAACUUGAAGAGGCCAAUCUGGAGAAUCAAUCCAAUAAACUCCCCAAAGAGAAAAUACUUUUUGUAGUAUUGGAGACCAAAUGUUGCCUUUUCUGUGUUUAUUCAAUGUUGAUUCACAACAGAUUUUGACUUUCACAACUGUGCCAAGAUUGCAAAAUUAGCCAAAUAAACAUUAAAGCAGUCUUAAUGUAGGGAAAAAAAAGUUUUUAAAGACCUAGUUAGAGGAUGUUCUAGCAAAAAGGUACAGAGAGAAGAGGUAGAUGGGUAAAUCUGUUACAGCUGAUAAUUCAUAGAGUUUCCUGUGUGUUUGUUUAUUUGUGCAUCAUGGUGAUUGUCUUGUGUCGAAAUGGGUGUUUGAUCUGUCCUUACGCAUUUUGGUGUGACUUGUUCCUUCUUUGUCACUAUGUGCAACAACAUCUGUAUGUGUGGUAAGCUGUUUCUAUAUAUCAGUCCUGUGUGUUUUUGUUUUAUGGGACUGGUGAUGAUGUGGCUUAUUGUUGUAGUAGGAUGUGUUCAGUCAUUGUCUGUAGCACCAGUAGACUGCAUUCCUCUCCUGUCCACCUGUGGUACUGACUCGACCAAAUGCAACGUGGCAGGGGUGAAAAAUGGAACAAGCUGCUUUAGGACUUUACAGAACAGCAACCCCCCCCACCCCAAGGAAGGUGUUGUUCACACAGCUGUGCCACCAUCGUGCUUUGAUUAUGCUCAAUAACCAAGGCAAUCAAUUACAGAGUUGUGGUGCUCCCUGGUCACAGAGGGGUUGUGUUUAUGUGGCUCUCACUGAUUGUAUAUAGAGAAAUAAAGAGUUUUUAAAAGAAAA